AUGGAGAGCCUGGAGUCCCUGUACGCACAGGUGAGCCUGUGCGUGCCGAACGGCGUGUGCGUCGUUGUCCACUCUGCCAAGUACUACGUCUGUGCCAUCGCGUGCACGACGGAGAGCAAGGCGAUGGUGUUCGCGCGGCAGCACGACACCGCCAAGGUAGCGGAGGGGCGGCACGCCAUAGGUGGUGUGCGGCGCGUCAGCGAUCACUGGACGAUGGAGGAGCGAGAUCGGCUGCCACGGUCAAACAAGCGAAGGGAAGGGUACUGCUCACCGUGCAGUCGUGCGGCAUGCGAAGCGGAACAGAGCGAGAGAGAACAAGGGCAGUGGAGGGCUGACGACGAUGUGGACCGGCACGACGAAGCUCAUUAUGAUCUGUGGCCAUGUCUCCGCCGACACCCGCCCCACUCGAACACCACACCACACUGCGACAACGACUUCGUAUCCUUCUUCCCCUCUCUUUCUCAGUUCUUUACAGCCGCAGAAGCCGACGGGGGGCGGCCAAGGGGAAGGGGUCGGCAUCGGCUUGCGUACGGUGGUCUUACAGGAAGCUCUACCGAAAGUAGCAGCAGCAGUCGCGGUUGUUAG